AUGCAUAUCUGGAUACUGAAAAUAAUCCCUCUGAUCGCAGCAUCUCUGAGUGUGGUCGAGAUGUAUGACAAUUAUGGGGAAAUCUGUAGGAAUUUAUGUACGUGCGAGGAGAAAGAAGGGAUACUGACAGUGAGCUGUGAGAACAGAGGGAUUGUCAGACUAACGGAAAUAAGCCCGGUACAUUUCUCCAUGUACCACCUUCUGCUGACAGGAAAUCUCCUCAAGAAACUGUCCCUCAAUGAUUUCAUCAACUACACUGGGGUGACUAUUCUGCAUUUAGGCAACAAUGACAUUUCCGAAAUAGAGACUGGUGCCUUUAAUGGACUCCAAGGAUUAAAGAGAUUACAUCUGAACAACAACAAAAUAGACCUUUUAAGGGAUGAUACAUUUGCUGGGCUGGAGAGUCUGGAAUAUCUUCAAAUUGAUUAUAAUUACAUCACUAAUAUAGAGCCUAACGCACUGAGCAAACUGCACCAGCUCACCGUUAUGAUUUUAAAUGACAAUAUGCUCUCUGCUCUGCCUAACAAUAUUUUCCGGAAUGUGCCCUUAACGCACUUGGACCUUCGGGGCAAUCGGUUGAAAAUGUUUCCAUACAUUGGUCUCCUGGAGCAUAUGGACAAGGUAGUGGAAUUACAACUUGAGGAGAACCCCUGGAAUUGCUCCUGUGAGCUCAUAUCUCUGAAAGCUUGGCUGGAGAGCAUAGCGUACACAGCUUUAGUGGGGGAAGUGGUUUGCGAGACGCCUUUCAGGCUGCAUGGCAGAGACCUAGACGAGGUCUCCAAACAGGAACUCUGCCCACGAAGAGCCAUCUCAGAGUAUGAAAUGCGUCCCCCACCGCCACUCAGCACCAAUGGAUAUUUCCAAACCACGCCAGCAGCUGUGACAGCCUCAGCCACCUCUUCAGCUGUUUUGCGGUCAUCAUCGAGGCCUACAAAGGGCACCCGCCCAUCAAACAGAACCAAGACAAAGCCCACCUCCCGGAUUCAAGUCAACCCCUAUAACUAUGGCCCAAUCAUUGCUUAUCAGACCAAAUCUCCUGUGCCUUUGGACUGCCCCACUGCCUGUACAUGUAAUCUGCAGAUCUCCGAUCUUGGACUGAACGUCAACUGCCAAGAGAGGAAGAUUGAGAAUAUAUCUGACCUUAAGCCCAAGCCAUACAAUCCCAAAAAGAUGUAUCUCACAGGGAAUUACAUCCCUGUGGUACGCAGAUCUGAUUUUGUAGAGGCCACCGGAUUGGAUUUGCUCCACCUAGGAAACAAUAGGAUAGCCCUCAUUCACGACAGAGCUUUUGGGGAUUUAACAAACCUGCGUAGGCUGUACUUAAAUGGUAAUCUAAUCGAAAGACUUACAACCGACAUGUUUUUUGGACUGCAGAAUCUUCAGUACCUCUACUUAGAAUAUAACAAAAUAAGAGAAAUUGACGGGGGCGCUUUACACUUUUUACCCAACCUCCAAUUGCUUUUUCUGAACAAUAACCUUAUGAAAACCUUACCAGGGGGAAUCUUUAGUGGGCUGUCCCUUUCUAGACUCAAUCUUCGCAGUAACCAUUUUCAAAACCUGCCUGUGAGUGGUGUGUUGGAUCAGCUGAAGUUGCUGGUGCAGAUAGAUCUAUUUGAGAACCCCUGGGAUUGUUCAUGUGAUGUUGUCGGCAUGAAGAUAUGGCUAGAGCAGCUCAGUGCAGGCACCAUUGUUAAUGAGGUUAUAUGUGAGACUCCAAAGCGGCAUGCUGGGCAGGAUAUGCGUUCAAUUCAAGCUGAACACCUGUGUCCAGAUUAUUCUGACAUUGUUGUCUCAACGGCGCCCCCCUCUGACGAGCCAACGCCAGAUAGGGCCACCACCACAGAAACUUCUCAAAGAUACAAUACCCCAAGCAGCACUGUCCCCCUUUCGGUCCUAAUCCUCAGUCUCUUACUGGUUUUCAUAAUGUCAGUGUUUGUGGCGGCCGGGCUGUUUGUGAUAGUCAUGAAGAAACGUAAGAAGUCCCAGAGCGAUCGUACCAGUACCAACAACUCUGAUGUGAGCUCCUUUAACUUACAGUAUAGCCUUUACAAUAACCGAUCUGUCCCAAAAGUGAAAGCCCCUGCCGGGCAUGUCUACGAGUAUAUUCCUCAUCCUAUGGGGCACAUGUGCAAAAACCCCAUCUACAGAUCCAGGGAAGGCAAUGCAGUGGAGGAUUACCGUGACCUUCACGAGUUGAAGGUGACCUACCGGAGUAACACUGAGGAAGAGAGGGACAGCAACAUGAGGAGUCCCACUUACAGUGUGAGCACCAUUGAGCCUCGUGAGAAUCCUUCACCUGUGCAAGAUGCUGAGCACUUCUUCAGAGGCAUCUUAGAGCCGGAUAAGCAGUCUACUUCAGGAAACAACCUUGAGUACAAGUAUACUGGCCCGGUCUCGUACACAUACAACCCAAACUUUGAUGUGAGACGUCAGUUUUUACACCCCGAGAGGAUAAGAGAAACCGUGCUCUAUGGUACAGCACCUAGUACUGUUUAUGUUGAGCCCAACAGAAAUGAAUAUUUGGAACUAAAAGCGAAACUUCAAGCUGAGCCGGACUACCUCGAAGUUCUUGAGAAACAGACCACAUUCAGCCAGUUUUGA